UGAAGCCACAUCUUCCAUGUUCACCAGCCGCCUGUAAGAACAACAGCAACAAGAAGAAGAAGAGAAGAGAAAAGGGUGCAUUUUUCACCCUCUUCCCUAUCCAAAACUCUCUUCAUUUUCCUUCUAUUACAAACAAUCAAAAUCCCAAUUCAAAACCCUUCAAAACCAUCCAUUUUUUGUUUGAUUUGAGCCAUUAUAGUGAUUAAUACUUUUGUUGAAGAUUUUAUCUAUAAAGAGAGAAACCCUUUCGGAAAUAGAGAGAGAAAAAAAUCAAGAACCAUUGUAAACACCGUCAUUGUGAACAAGUAUCCAACGUAGGAAGGAGGAAAAAUGAAGUAUGUUUUGGUGACUGGUGGUGUUGUGAGUGGACUUGGAAAAGGAGUUACUGCUAGCAGUAUUGGACUUCUUCUUCAAGCAUGUGGUCUUCGAGUUACUUCUAUCAAGAUUGAUCCCUACCUGAACACUGAUGCGGGGACAAUGUCUCCUUUUGAACAUGGAGAAGUGUAUGUCCUAGAUGAUGGUGGUGAGGUUGACCUUGAUCUUGGAAACUAUGAACGUUUCUUGGACAUCAAAUUGACCCGCGACAAUAACAUCACUACUGGAAAAAUUUAUCAGUCUGUUAUUGAGAAGGAGAGAAGAGGAGAUUAUCUUGGAAAGACUGUUCAGGUUGUUCCACACAUAACAGAUGCCAUCCAAGAGUGGAUAGAGCGUGUAGCACAGAUUCCGGUUGAUGGUAAAGAAGGGCCUGCCGAUGUUUGUGUCAUCGAAUUGGGUGGAACUAUAGGGGAUAUUGAGUCUAUGCCUUUUAUUGAAGCACUUGGUCAAUUUUCUUACCGCGUAGGCCCUGGAAACUUUUGUUUGGUUCAUGUCAGCCUUGUUCCUAUUCUCAACGUUGUUGGCGAACAGAAAACAAAGCCAACUCAGCACAGUGUUCGCCAACUCAGAGGAUUAGGUUUAUUCCCCAAUCUUCUUGCUUGUCGCUGUUCAAAGGAACUUGACGACAAUGCUAAGGCAAAACUUGCUCAAUUUUGUCAUGUGCCGUUAUCAAACGUACUUACUCUCCAUGAUGUUCCAAAUAUUUGGCACAUUCCCUUGCUAUUGAAAGACCAGAAGGCGCAUGAGUCGAUCCUGAAAGCAUUAAACCUGCCAGGUGUUGCUACAAAGCCUAAUUUGAAGGAGUGGACUGUUAGGACAAAGAAUUAUGACAAGUGUCAUGAAACUGUUAGAAUUGCUAUGGUGGGAAAAUAUACCGGUCUUUCAGAUGCAUAUCUUUCUGUUCUUAAGGCACUUUUGCAUGCUUCUGUUGCUCACAAUCGUAAACUUAUUGUGGACUGGGUUCCAGCUGGGGAUCUUGAAGAUGUUACCUAUGGCGAGGAUCCAAAUGCUUAUAGAGCUGCUUGGAGUCUUUUGAAGGGUGCAAAUGGAGUUCUAGUUCCAGGUGGUUUUGGUGACAGAGGAGUGCAAGGGAAAAUUCUUGCUGCUAAGUAUGCUCGAGAACAUAAUGUUCCAUAUCUCGGCAUUUGCUUGGGAAUGCAAAUUGCUGUUAUUGAGUUUGCACGAUCUGUUCUCGAUCUCCAUGACGCUACUAGUACAGAAUUCGAUCCUGAAGCCAAGACCCCUUGUGUCAUAUUUAUGCCAGAAGGUUCAAAGACACAUAUGGGCGGAACUAUGCGUCUUGGUUCAAGGACAACUUAUUUCCAAGUUGAUGACUGCAAAUCUGCAAAAUUGUAUGGUAAUGCAAGCUCUGUUGAUGAGCGACAUCGGCAUAGAUAUGAGGUAAAUCCUGACAUGGUAUCUCAGCUAGAGAGUGCCGGUCUAUCUUUUGUUGGUAAAGAUGAAACCGGGAGUCGCAUGGAGAUUGUUGAACUGCCUAGCCAUCCAUUUUUUAUUGGCGUUCAGUUUCACCCUGAGUUCAAGUCCAGACCAGGGAAACCUUCUCCCCUCUUCUCAGGAUUAAUAGAAGCAGCUUGUGAGCCAAAGAGGCCAGUGCUGAGUAACGGCCACGCCAAGUUAACUAAUGGAAUAUAUAAUGGACACUCACCAAUCCUGAAAGCACACCAAAAUGGAAACGGUUUCAUAUCAUCCAAUGGAUCCCUAAACGGCGUGUUUACCAAUGGCAACGGAGUGUAUGUGGAUGGUAGUUGUUAGCCAUCCUAGUUUUCCGUCUUUGAAUAAUGAUGGCAUAAACUAUAUCCAACGACAUUAUGGUUUGUCCUCGGUCGGUCGCACUGUACAGUUAGUGAGUGGAUAGGUCUUUUUAGCUAGGGGCUUGUCUUUCAUCAUGAAACCAAAAUUUUUGAGUCUAACAAGCUUUAUUGUUUCCUGAUAUGGUUGUGCUGUGGUGUGGCAAUUGCAGCCACCAUUGAUUUCACUUUUUUGGGUCAAAUACUUGGCCAAAACUACACUCACUUGAUUGAUGAUCAUGCCAAAUAUUUGGGCUUUGGUGGCUUUUUUUCUUGCUAUUUAGGGUUUUUUGUUCCAAGCAUACAGGUUGAAGGUGUAAAAUUACUUUCAACCAAGUGUCUUGUUUUGAGUGGCCAUUAAUGUAAACUCUUGUGAACAUUGCAGUUGAAUUUUGUUUGGGGGUAACUGCUUUUAUCUUUCUUGAUUUUGUAUUUAAAUUAUCAGAUGAAGUGUUAGACCACAAUAAUUGUGUUGGUUCUCUUUACCUUAAAGAUUUUGCCUGUAAGAUUUUUCUAAGAAACAAAGGACUGUGAAGGAAGAAUAUAGAUCUACUUCUUUUGCCUGUAAUUCAAUCCAUUUAUUAGAAUGUAUUAUCUGCUUCA